CACUCCACACUCUGGCUUUCUGUUUUCCGUGACUCUUUUCUUUCAGGCUUCUCCUCACCCUUCAUAUUAGUUCUUGCUCUCUUAAUUUUCUCUUCACUUUUGAAAAUUUUUCCGGGCAAGGAUCUGAGUGAGUUUUUGGUAAUUGCUUGAUAUAGAAAGUUCUAAUCUUUUCUUGAGUGACCGUGAAAAGCAUUUUCUGGUGGAGAUUUGGACAUUUAUUCCCUUCUCUUUUACCGGUAAAGCUAUACAGGCUUUGUUUCCACUUUUCUCUCCAUAGUCACUGGUUCUUGGUCGCGGCAUACUGCUGUGUGCUGGGUCUGGGUGGGGUUUUGUUAAUAAACGACCCCUUUUGCUCUCCUUUUCUGGGGCGCUUUCCUUGAAAUUUCGGUGCCUUUAGCUUUUUGAGAGAAGGGGGGGUUUUUAACGGUGGAUUUCUCUUCCUUUUUAAGCUUAUCUUUGACGUUUUAAUCUUUAUUCUCUCCUCGUGUCUAGCCUCAAAGGAAUCUCCCUUUUUUUUUUUCAUCUUUUUCCCUUUCCAUUUCACUCCCCAACCCAUUUCUAUUUAGACGCUCUUCUCACACUCACUUCGCUCUCAAUGCCAAUUACUAGAAUCCGAAGCCCCCCACAAACAGAAAUCUUAGAAAAAAGAACCCGAGAAAUGAUUCAUUGUGCUGUACGUCCAGUCAAAUACACCGAACACCGCCGCCAUCACACGAAGCUCGUCACACCAACUUCAAAUGCUGGAAUGGACUAUCAGAAGGAAUGGAAGCCCAGAAUUGUUCGGAUUUCAGUCACUGAUGCAGACGCUACGGACUCAUCCAGCGAAGAAGAAACCGAUGCCUGCAGAAGAAACAGAGUCAGGAGGUUCGUUAACGAGAUAACAAUUGAAUCUCCUUGCAACGGCGAGAAGGACGGGUUUUGGAAAAGGUCCUCUUCUAGAAGAAAUCGAAAGAGGUCAGCCCCGGGCGGUGAGAGUGUCAAAGCUCCGGUGGAGAAGAAGUUCAGGGGAGUACGGCGACGGCCAUGGGGCAAAUGGGCUGCCGAGAUCAGGGACCCUACGAGGGGAGUACGGCUCUGGUUGGGCACCUACGACACCGCCGAGGAAGCGGCGAUUGUCUAUGAUAACGCGGCUAUCCAGUUGCGUGGACCUGACGCGCUCACCAACUUCAUCAAUCCUCCGCAAAAGUCGCUCGCAGAAAAAGACAACGAGAAACCGUUAUCCUCUGAUUGCAUUUCUGGCGACGACUCUCGCUCUCACGGUAACCUCUGCUCUCCCACUUCCGUCCUCCGCUCUCCCUCACCGUCAACCGACGAAGGCGAUUCACAAAGCUUUAAAGAAUCGCGAGAUUUUGUCAACGAAAUCCAAGAAGAAUCCAGCAUUAACUUUCCUGAUUUCUUCGAUUACUCGCCGUUCACAAGCGAAAUAUUCAAUUCCGUUCCGUGUUGCUUCGACGAAACGGGCUUCCAAGACUGGUUUUUGAAAGACGACCUUUGCAGCGGUUUUCUGGAUUCAAGCGGGAACUCCGGGUUCGGGUUCGGGUUCGGGUUCUCUAGUUGGCAUUCUGAUGACCAUUUUCAAGAUAUCGGUGACCUGUUUGCGUUGGAUCCUUUCGUGACCAUUUGAUUAUAUCGGCUACUUGUCGGGUUAUGCCGGUUCUCCGGCAAGUUUUGUUCGGCGGGGACUGAAAAUAUCGGCUGUUUUUUAGUUUUUUUAUUUUAUUUUAUUUUAUUUUAAACAUCUCCGUCACAGUAACGUUGACGGACGAGUCAGCCUAACUGUUCCGUGCGUUGUCCUUUUGUUUGAUAUGUUUUUUGUUAACGGCACGUGUGAAUACACGUGACUGAACUAA